AUGUACGACGAGAAAGCGCCAUCUACGAAGGGGAAAGCCGAGCGGUUCUUCAGAAAUGGCAAAUUCGCGUCUUGCCUGACGUUACUGGCGGCCCUCGUUGCAUUCUGUCUGUCACUCGUCGCCAUACUCUCCACCGGCGACAACAAGCAACUCAGACAAUACAGCCUGCUCACCCUCAACACGUCCAGACUCUUCCAGGACGUAGUCAAGAUAAGGAGUACCAACACCGCUCGCUCCCCAGAUCUCAUGGCUCUCUCCUCUCCAGACGCAAGCGAGACCGUCGACCCGCCCGUCUCGCCCCAGGUCACCCCCCGAGCGGUGCUACCCGACCGGGUCGAAGCCCGCCAGCUCCCUCCGCCCUCGGACCUCUUUUCCUGGCUCGAGUCCGUCGGCUCUGACUUGCCUCAGCCCACGGGCAUUCCCAGGCCCGGAGGAGACCCGGACACGGAUCCGGACCCGGACGGGGACGGUGGCAGCGUCGUGCAAGAGCUGCAGGGCCUCUUCAACAACCUGCUCGGGGCUGCGAGCGGAGCCGUAGGGGAGGAGAUUAUCCAGGUCGUUAAUCGCCUCGUCGCUGAAGUCCUGGAUGCGCUCGGGAUCAAGGAUUACUACUCGCUGUACUUGGAUGAGUUCUGCAGUGGGGAUUACACCGAGAGCGGCGGCAUGGAUACGGACAAGUGCACUUCUUUCGACAACGCCCUCACACUCCCCGGCAGCAGCGGCAGCAGCUCCACCCUCCAAAUCGGCACCACCAUCUUCGACUUCUCCGCCCUCAACCUCCCCGCCAAACUCUCUUCCGCCGGCGGCACCAUCACGCAGCUCACGCGCGCCCUCCUCGCCCUCCUCGCCCUCGGCACCGCCAGCAGCGGCCUCCUCAUCCUCCUCACGCCGCUCCUCACCAUCCUCCUCUCCCUCUUCCUCCACCCCAAGCGCCAACCCGCCGUCCGCCUCCUGCUCACCGCUCUCGCCGCCCUGGCCAGCACCUCCCUCCUCACCGUCGCCGCCAUCGAGACCGCCAUCCUCGUGCUCGUCUCGGGCCUCGUCAACGGCGUCGGCGACGGUCUGGGCAUCGAGGUGCAGAGCGGCCGCCGCUACCUCGCUCUCUUGUGGGUGAGUGCCGGGGCCAUGCUGCUCGCGACGGCCGUCUGGUUGUGGACGUGGCACGUCGAGUACUACGUGCGGCGGCCCCGGCCGGAGGGGUUCUCCGACGACGGCGAUGAUGAUGAUCGGCACUUGUCGUCGUCGUCGUCGUCCGCCUCGGCGGCUAGUGGGGGCGGGAGCGAGUGGGAGGCGGAGAGGGGCAGGCCGGCGUUUCGGAGUCGUCUGGAUCCUGGGAGCGUGUUGCAUCCGCGGGCGCCGGAGGCGGGAGUUGCAUAUAGUUAG